AUGAGAGCUUCUUCCAUCCUACGCAUGGCGUCCUCGUCAAUGAUUACCUCUCCUUCAAGUUUACGACCAGCACCUCUAGCCCUUCUACCCCCUCUUCACCUUUAUCGCCGCCUACUGAGAGCCCAUCGCAAGCUGCCAAGCGAGCUGCGGCUGUUGGGAGACGAAUACGUGAAAGCCGAAUUUCGCGCUCACCGUGCGGUGGACAACCCAAUACACAUUGUCGGAUUUUUAACGGAGUGGCAGUUGUAUGCGCAGAAGCUGGAAGGUGAUUCAUGGAGAGGGGAGAAACUGGACAAAGGAAAGCUCGAUAAAAUGAACGAUCAGCAAAUUGGACAGCUCUAUGAGCUCAUGCAAGCAACCAGAAACAUGGGAGACAAAGAUAAUUAA